AUGACCUGGGAUCAAUUUAAAGAGAUCUUCUAUGAGAAAUACUUUCCUCAGUGCUUUAGAAACAAAAAAAAAGUGCCAGAGUUCGAGCAGUUGAAGCAAGGCAACAUGUCUGUAGCUGAGUAUGAAGCUAAAUUCACUGAGUUAGCCCGAUUUGCUCCUCGCAUGCUGGACGCGGAUUAUAAGAAAGCUCAAAAAUUUGAAGGAGGUUUGAAUCUAGACGUGUUUGAUCAACUUGGUGUAUUGAAAUUGCCCAAAUAUAUGGAUAUACUUGAUAGAGCCCUGAUGAAUGAAGCCAACCUAGCGGCUAUGAAACAGACCAAGGCUCCAACAACUGAAUGGGGAAGUAAAAGAUCUGGGUACAAUUUCAGAAAGGGUCAUUCAUUUGCUACGAAUAAGAAGCAAAACACAAGGUCUACUAGCAGCUCAAGCCAAAGUAGUGGAUCUACACCUGUUUGUUCUGAAUGUGGAAGAAAACAUAAGUGUGUCUAUUAUUGUGCAUCUGGUGCUUGCUUCCUGUGUGGCAAGGUUUACCACAUGAUGAAAGAUUGCUCACUCAAUGAGACUGCCAACCGUCCGGUGGCAAGUUUAGCCGGAUCCACUCCUACACCAAGAACUAAAGCUAGAGUUAACACUGGAAAGGGAAGUGUGAGACAAGGCCAAGUUUUUGCACUUGUGCCUGGGGACGUCCAGGACACCGAGUCUGUGGUGUUAGGUAGCACUAAUGUAGAGAACAUCCCUGUAGUCAAUAAAUUUCCCGAUUUGUUUCUAAAUGAACUACAUGGUGACUUGAUUGAUAGGGAAAUUGAAUUUACCAUUGAAGUAGUACCUAGAACGCAACCUAUUUCCAAAACCCCAUACCGAAUGUCAACCUCCGAAUUGAAAGAACUCAAAAUCUAG